AUGGCAGUGAUGGAUGACCUUUACGAGCUGAUACAGCGGAGGAAUAGACAGGAAACAGACCCCUUCAUAGAGAUUCACCAAGCAAACGCCACUUUAUUGAAACAAAUUGACGCUCUCAAGACGAAAUGCAAUGACUUGGAGAGAGAACUGGUGAUUGAAAAGGAACAUCAUCCAGCGGACAGCGCAUCGAAUGGGGGAAGAGGGGCAGUCCCUCAAUCAUUAUCUCUGAAACAAGAAACUAAAUUACGAGAAAAGUUGGAGAAAUUACAAGAAGAACUGAAUGAAAAACUGAAGCAAUCUGCAGAAGGGCAAUCCAAUAUCCUUGAAUUGACGCAAGAGAUUUCCUCGUUGAAGGAUCUGAACGUGGCCCAAGCCUCCACCAUUGCCAAUUUGAAGGCAGAGAAUGAAAGAAAAGAGAGCGCGAUUGACCACAUGACCAACGAACUAGUCGAUGCCAAAUCCAGAACCAAACUUGCCGAACAACAAUAUACAGGCUUGAAAGACAUGAUCCGAGUUUUGCAGGAUGAAAACGACUCUCUCAAAAAGGAGAAUGAGCAAUUUUCCUCGCGAAUGGUCUCGGAGAAAGAGAAAAUGAUAGACGAAAUGAACAAACUGACCGAAAUGGUGGACAAAUACAAGCGAGAAGUUGACCUUUUGCAUUCUUUGAAAGAACAAGACGACAAGCGCAAGUCCUGGUUCAAACUUGGAGGCAGGAUCAACCAAGAGGAAGGUACAGAUGGCGAUCAGGACGAUGGUGAAAGCCGCAAAUUUGGAUCCUUGGCAGUAGUUGUUCCUUCUGCACCCAUGCAUACAAUCCAAGCCCAUAAGGGAGAUGCCUCUUGCGUCCAAUACGAUGCCUCUGGAACGGACCUGGUAGCCACGGGUGGUGCCGAUUCCAUCGUCCAAGUAUGGGAUACGGCCAGUGGUCAAUUGCGACAAACCUUACGAGGUGGAAGCAGCAAUUCUAUAUUAUCUUGUGACAUUAGCAAUGGGGUAGUCAUUGCUGGUGGAAGUGACAAGACGUGUCGGGUUUGGAAUAUGAGGACUGGGAGAAUGAUCCACCACUUGGUAGGUCAUGCCCACAAGAUUACCUGUGUCAAACUAUUUGGUUCUGAAAAGGGAGUGAUUACCGGAUCGGCCGACCGGUCCCUCAAAGUCUGGGAUAUUUCCCGACAGACCUACAAACAAACCACCACUCUUCGACACAGUUCCACUGCAAAUUGUGUCGAUGUCAGUCCUGAUUUGUUUACCGUCGUGACAGCCCACUUGGAUGGUGGAGUACGACUGUUCCAUCUGCAAACGGGAGAACGAUUGUCAGACAUUUCUGGGAUUCAUCAGGGCGCUGUCACCUCGGUCCAAUUUCACCCCAAGGAUGCUUCCAAAGUUUUGACCAAUGGGAUGGAUUCUACCUUGAAGAUCGUGGACAUUCGGACUGGGACUCCAAUACAUACCUUUUCCGACGUCCAGUUUCAAACCUCGUAUGGAUGGGCAUCGGCUUCCUUUAGCCCGGAUGGAUUGUACGUGGGAGCUGGUUCAGCAACAGGAAUGGUACUGGUUUGGGACGCGGAAUCGGGUAAACUACGGAAAAAGCUAUCGAAUCACCAAAGUUGUGUCUGUGGCUUUGCUUGGAGUCGAGGUGGAACCAGCGGGCAACAAGUUGCAUCUGUCGACAAGAAGGGAGUAUUGACCUUGUGGUCAUAG